AUGAUCAGUCCCAAGAAGCUCAUCAGAAUGGCAAGGAAGUGGCAGAAGAUGGCUGCCCUUGGAAGGAAAAGGAUCUCAUUACAAAGAAUCAACGAGGGUGUGGAUGAAGAAAGCUGCAGCAUAUCAUCAGUGGCUGAAAAAGGCCAUUUUGUUGUUUACAGCUCUGACAGAAGACGCUUUGUGAUUCCCUUGACGUAUCUUGACAGUGAAAUCAUGAGAGAGCUUUUCCAAAUGUCUGAGGAGGAGUUUGGGAUACAAAGUACAGGCCCCAUCAUACUGCCAUGUGAUUCAGUCUUUUUGGACUAUGUGAUCUCAUUCAUCCAACGCGGUGUUGCUAAAGAGUUGGAGAGGGCUUUGAUCAUGUCCAUAGCUCCCAGUAACUGCUCAUCCUCUUCAUACUUCCACCAAGAACAGACCAAUGAGCAAUUACUCUUAUGUGCCUGCUGA